GACGUAGUGACGUUGGUCUGCUAAAAAAAAAAACGUUGAAAAAAAAAAAAUCUGUAAUAUCUGAUGCUUUCCUGCUUCUUGGCAAUGGAAAGGGUCGAAUUCGAUGCCGCUUAGCUCCCUUGGUGCAGAUUUCAGGUUGGCAUUAAAUUUCCUCUCCAAAGUUUCGCUUUUUCUGCAAAAAAUUUCGGUUCGUAAUGGAUAGUUUCAACGCCGAAGAUCUUUCAACUAUCGGUGGAAUCGCUACUGUUUCGAUUCUACAUUCCUUCAUUCCCACCCACUGGCUUCCUUUCUCCAUUGUCGGUCGCGCCCAGAAAUGGACUCUCUCUCGGACUGUGCUCGUCACUGCACUUGGAGCAAUUUUGCAUGUAAUAUCCACUUCACUUCUUGGAAUAACAGCAAUCACCAUGGCAAAUACUAUUGCUGGUGAAGAAACAGUGCAUAAGCUUGCUUCACUUUUGCUCAUAUUUCUUGGUGGUGGCUAUGUUAUUCUGUUUUUGUCUGGGAAGGGUGGCCAUAAUCAUUCUCACAACCAACCCAUGGAGAAAAUGGCUGUUGCUGGACUCAUUCUUGUUCCCGCAUUAUCUCCUUGUGCAACAACACUUCCAGUAUUUCUAGCCGUUGGAAAUUCAUCUUCCAUGAUGGUUCUUGCCAUCAUAGUGCUGCUACUCAGCACUAUAUCUGUGAUGACGUCACUUGUAGCAUUGUCAUUCUAUGGGGCCAGUCAGCUAAAGUUUCACUGGGUGGAGCGGUAUGACAAACUUCUUGUUGGUUCAGUGCUGUGUUUGGUUGGAGUUCUGACCCUAAUUUUCCACGAUCAUGAUCAUGAUGGACGGUUAAGCUCUUUUGGAGGGCACUCACACAGGAAAAUGAUUUCCCUAUGAGAAUCAUGCAUGCCCUGUUAUUAUGAAGCUUUUGGGCAUUGCCACUGUUGCUACUUGCCAUGCAAAGAAUUGACCAGUUUGGUCUAGUUAAUAGUGGGACGUGGAAACUUGAUUUGCAGCUCUAAAGCGGCAGUUGGUGGAUGAAUUGCUUUGUUUUUUCUGGGGUAUAUUACAAUUUACCCUCACGUGGUUGUCAGAAAUUAGUUUUCCCCCAUUUGAUUAAAGUGUGUUAUUCAGCCCACCUGUGGAUUGGUCAGUUUCCACUUGGCCACCUGAGUCGAAAGUAUGUUUCACUAUUAUUUUAAACAAUUUCAUGGUCUCAUAGUUUUUGUCAAUAUUUGGAUAGAAAAUACUGCUGAAUAGUUAAGUUGUUAUAAACUAGACAUGUUGCCUUGAAUGACACCCUAAACCAGAGCCAGCUAAUUUCAUUGUCAA